AUGGUGCCCGCACGAUUUGGCCCGCCAGGCAUUCGCGUGGGCCACUUCGCCCGCCUGCAGAGGUUUUGCCAGGGCGAGGCUGGAGCUCUGCCGUCCUUGCCUCCACUGAAUCAGGCGGAGGAGGACGCGGUCAAGAAAACCAUUUGGAGAAGGCAAGCAAAGGCGCCUUCGGCGGCUCGGUCCGACGCGCGGAAGUGGCGCUUCGCCGCCAGGGGGGGGCGCUGGCAGGAGGCGGUUGACCUACUCGGCAAGGCGCAAGUUCCACUGCAGGAGCAGGACUUCUCCUUCGUGAUCGACUCGUGCUCCAAAGCCGGCGCUUGGGAGGCCGUCUUGGGCCUCUUCUUUGACAUGGAGCCUCUCCAGCUGCAACCUGAUACGCCUUGCUUCAGUCUUGCAGUGACGGCCGCAGAACGCGUGGAGAGGAAAGAGGAGCUGAGCCGGGUGCUGUGCAGCGUUCCGGACUUGGAUGCCCAGGCCUACACCGGGGUGCUGAGAGCCAGCACGCGCUCAGGGGCCGCAGAAGGCCUCGGCUUCUUGGAGCAAGCCCUGGGAUCUUGCACUCUACCUGAGGCAGGCUACGUCCAUGGCAUCAACCUUUGCGCGCAGACGGGCGCCUGGGAGUUGUCGCUGCAGGUGCUGCGCGAGGUUGUGGAGCAGGGCGUUGUGCGCAAGGUUGAUGUGAAGAUGCUGGGUGCAGCCCGGGCGGCGUGCCUGCAGUCUGGCCAGUGGCGGCGCGUGCUGGAGCUGAGCGAGCGCAUGGCGUUGGGCCAACAGCCGGAUGCCUAUGGAUACGCGGUCCAGAUGACUGCUCUGGAAAAGCUUGGGGAGGUUGCCGCCGCCUAUGAGCUCUUCCGGGAGAUGGUUGAGCGUCAAGUACCCAUCAACCAGCACGUGUACACUGCGCUGAUGGGAGAUGGGGAUGGUUCCGACACCGGAUGGGAGCGGGCCGUUCUGCUGCUGGAGGAUGCGCAGAGGCGGCAGGUGGACGUCUCGCAGGUGAUGGUCGGCAAGGCCAUCAAGUGCUGCGCUGCCGCCGCGGCGUGGCCAGCGUCGCUGCAGCUGCUCUCGGACAUGGGCCCCGACGCCUCUGUGGCCGCGGUCUCCAGCGCGCUGUGCGCCUGUGGCACAGGAAUGCAGUGGGAAAGAGCCUUGGGCUUGCUGGCCUGGGCGCCCAAGAUGUCGGUGCAGCCGGAUGCUGAGCUCUGGAACUCGGCCAUCUACGCUUGUGGCCUGGCAGGCCAGGGCAGGAAGGCCAAGCAGAUGCUGACAAACAUGAAGAAGCGGAAGCUGAUGCCCACGGUGGCGUGUUACAACAGCGCCCUGGUGGCCAUCGGCCAGGAGACGCGCCUGUCAACCUGA